UUAUUCCCAAAGCCGAUACUUCCUUUUCAAGUCCUUUCUCUCUCACACACAAGAUUCUUCUUUCUUUCUCUCUCUAAAACUUCACCUUCUUCUGUGCUGCUAUUGCUAUUGUUGCAUCCAGGAAUAAGAGCAAGAGCGAGGUAAUCCUAACACACCACGCGCGUGUUUCCUUGGUUAAAGCUCGGAUCAGCCAUGGCAGCACCAACUCUCGCUUCUCUGCGCCUCCUAUUCUCUGUAACCCUAAUCCUAACCCUCGUUCACCUGGCACGUGCUAAUUCCGAAGGAGACGCACUCUACACGCUCAAACGGAGCCUCUCCGACCCUGACAACGUUCUCCAGAGCUGGGAUCCCACCCUCGUUAGUCCUUGUACUUGGUUCCAUGUCACCUGCAACCAGGACAAUCGUGUCACUCGAGUGGAUCUUGGUAACUCUAACCUGUCUGGACAUUUGGUACCUGAACUUGGGAAGCUUGAGCAUCUACAGUAUCUUGAGCUGUACAAAAACAACAUUCAAGGAACUAUACCUCCAGAGCUUGGAAGCCUGAAGAGUUUGGUCAGCUUAGACUUGUACAACAACAAUAUAUCAGGCAGCAUCCCGCCUUCAUUGGGGAAAUUGAAGAAUCUUGUCUUUUUACGGCUUAAUGACAAUCGACUAACUGGCCCAAUCCCCAAGGAACUUGUUGCUAUUUCAAGCCUUAAAGUAGUGGAUGUUUCCAACAAUGACUUAUGUGGUACAAUUCCUACCUCUGGGCCGUUUGAGCAUAUUCCAUUGAAUAACUUUGAGAAUAACCCUCGUUUGGAAGGUCCAGAGUUGGUGGGACUUGUAAGUUAUGACACAAACUGCUCGUGAAUAACGUGAUGUAGUAGGAUCUCAAACUCCGUUGGAUUAUAUAUAUGUAUUCUAAAAUUGAAGUGUAUUACCUCAUAGUGUAAUGGGCAGUGGUAAAUGUAAUCUCUGGUAUAUGUAAAUUUACAUACUGAAGAGCAUUGGCAUUUGUAACAGUAGUGUGGUCUUCUAAUGACGUUGCAGACAUGAAUAUCUAUUGAUGUAAUACUAGUAAAAAAUGAAUUUGGUCACUGAUAAAAUAUUGUAAUGUACUGACGCUUUGCUCUCCAUCUCAUCUAGUAAUACUGUUUGUUAGCCCCUGUUGCACAAGCUGUUAUUGUUAUUGUCAACGGUGUUGUAAGAGCUUUUAUAACCUUGGUUUUUCCUUCACAUAUGUAAGUUAUACCGGGGUUCCUUGAAUAUCAUGUAUUUGGAGAAACAGUUUAUUGAACAACAGUUUACCCCAUAAGAAUGUAAGGUAUGAACCGCU